CUCCUCCGUCCCGCCCUGACUGCCUCUGCUUGGCUCCGUUCACACCGGGACUCACGCGCAAAGAUGCCGCAGGGAAGCACAACAGGCGACAGGAGCGCAUAAAGCGGAAGCACACGUGCGCGCCGCAGCCGGGAGGGUGAGCACGCUCGCCUUCACCGUUCAAACCGGACUCUCCGGAGCUCCCACUGGACACGGGCACGCCGCGGAGCAGCAGUGAGAUUGUGUGGGAUCUUCUCUCGGUCGGACAGGAGGAAGCAUGAAGUUUGCGGCGUGGAUGCUGCUGUGCGCCGCUCUGGUUCUGGAGCAAACCGCCGCUCAAGAAGUCCAGGAGAAUGUUCUAUCGCUGGCAGAAUUGGAGGACUCCUUGCUGAGGAAUCUCUUCAAAGGUUACCAGAAGUGGGUGCGACCGGUCCAGCAUGCCAACGACACCAUCACUGUACGCUUUGGAUUGAAGAUAUCACAGCUGGUUGACGUGGAUGAAAAGAAUCAGCUGAUGACUACGAAUGUCUGGCUCUGGCAGGAAUGGAUCGAUGUGAAGCUGAAGUGGAACCCGGAUGACUAUGGGGGCAUUACCUCCAUCAGAGUGCCGUCAGAGACCAUAUGGUUACCUGACAUUGUUCUGUAUGAGAAUGCGGAUGGGCGCUUCGAAGGUUCCCUGAUGACCAAAGCAAUUGUGCGCUGGGAUGGCACAAUAACAUGGACUCCACCAGCCAGCUAUAAAUCCUCCUGUACCAUGGAUGUCACUUUCUUCCCCUUUGACCGGCAGAACUGCUCAAUGAAGUUUGGGUCAUGGACUUACGAUGGAAACAUGGUAGACCUGGUUCUAGUGGAUCACUAUGUGGACCGUAAAGACUUCUUUGAUAAUGGAGAAUGGGAAAUCCUCAAUGCCACAGGACAAAGGGGAAGUCGAAGAGAUGAAAUGUAUUGGUACCCUUUUCUCACUUACUCAUUCAUUCUCAAGAGGCUGCCCUUGUUCUACACCCUCUUCCUCAUCAUCCCGUGUCUUGGGCUCUCAUUUCUCACUGUGCUGGUGUUCUAUUUGCCUUCUGAUGAGGGGGAGAAACUGUCCCUUUCUACAUCUGUGCUAGUGUCACUGACAGUGUUCCUGCUGGUCAUAGAGGAAAUCAUUCCUUCAUCCUCAAAGGUGAUCCCACUGAUAGGAGAGUACCUGCUCUUCAUCAUGAUUUUUGUCACCUUUUCCAUCAUCGUAACUGUCUUUGUGAUCAAUGUUCACCACCGCUCCUCUGCCACCUACCAUCCCAUGGCCCCCUGGGUAAAGAGCCUCUUUCUCCAAAAACUGCCCAGACUGCUGUGUAUGAGGGGACACACUGACAGGUAUCACUUUCCAGAUAUUGAGAUGCGAAGCCCAGAGCUAAAGACCAGGCGAGGCGCGGGGAGGAGAGCGGUUCCCGGAGGUCAACAGAAAGGAGCUCUCGGAGGCAUGGAGGAUGACAGCCAAGCAUGGCUGGCAAUGCUGGAAAAAGCCACAAAUUCAGUGCACUACAUCAGCCGCCAUAUCAGGAAGGAGCACUUCAUACGAGAGGUUGUACAGGACUGGAAAUUUGUGGCUCAGGUGUUGGACCGGAUCUUCCUGUGGGCGUUCCUGACAGUGUCAAUUCUGGGAACCGUUUUAAUUUUCACUCCAGCUCUGCAAAGUUACCUUAGCACACCUUAAUGUAUAUAAACUCUGUACAAAUCUUAAAGAGCUAUUUGUCUCCCACAUAUUUGUCCAUCUUAAACUUGAUUUGCUGAAAUUGUUUAAGGAAAUGUUCUGGCAUUAACUUCCUUGGCACAGGCAGGCUCGAACUGUGAUCCUUAUCUGCCCUACAGCGUAUUUUUCAUCUUUAAUAAACACUGCGGAUGGAAAUGUUGGAAAUUCUAUUGAUCUGUCAUGCUGCAUGUACAAUGGUGAAAAGGAGUAAGAGCAAUAACCAGUUAAAUUAGUUAGAAUGUUCACGUUUUUACAACUGUAACAUUAACCUCUAAAUAAAAUGCACAAUAUACCUUCAUGACUAAUACAAUGUCAUAUGUGUCAAAUGCACUUUGCUGUCAACUGAACUCUCCUGUAUGUUUAAAUAUAAUCACAAUAAAAAAUCAAAUAUUUA